CGAAUUGAUCAGAGAUGAGUUUAAAGGCUGAAGCAGAAAAGUUCAUCAACAACCCAAAGGAAAAUUCCUUCUCUUGGACUUUGAAGAGUAAUAGUACUGAUGAGAAGAUUAUUGUCAUUGUAGAUAGCGAAGUAGAUGCUGAAGAUAAUCCAUACUUUUCCGUAACAAAGAAUGGAGAUUCAUUCAAAGUUACCAGUCAAUACUAUCUUUUGGAAGAAGUUGGAGAUGUUAAAUUUGUCAAAUCAUUGAGUGAUUAUUGUGGAAGUGGAAAGAGAUCUCUCACUGAUAUUUUACAAAAGGCUACUGCUCUCUACAAGGAAGUUGAAUCUGCCUUGUUGGGUGAUGAAGAUGGUGGUGACGAAGAACCAGAGGAAGUUGAAAUUGAUAUUGGUGAUGAUAUGGAUGAUGAUCCAAUCCAACCAGUUACUCAUCAAUCAAGUGGAGGAUAUGAUCCAGAAUUUGAAGAAAUGAAGAAGAAAUUCAAAAAACCAACUGGUGCCUCAGAAGGUUGUGUUAAUUGCAUUAUGAAGGAAUAUAUGAAGAUUAAACAAGCUAACACUGAAAAGUUUGGUAUUAGUGCCAAUCCUGUCAAUGAUGAUCUUUUCCAUUGGGAAAUCAGAUUCUUCAAUUUUGAUAUCAAGGAAGAUGGUAAAAUUGCCAAGGAUUUGCAAGAAUACAAGAAGAAGAAUGGUAUCGAUUACAUUACAUUGGAUUUGACCUUCCCUCUUGAAUUCCCGUUCAAGCCACCAUUCAUCAGAGUUCUCAAGCCAAGAUUUGCCUUCCGUACUGGUCACGUCACUAUUGGUGGUUCCAUUUGUAUGGAAUUGUUGACUAGCUCUGGUUGGAGUUCAGUCUGUUCUCUUGAAUCAAUCUUUGUUCAAAUCAGAUCUGAAAUGGUUGCAGGUGAAGCUCAAUUGGAUUUCUCAAACACCUCCCCAUACUCUGAACACGAAGCUAAGGAAGCUUUCUUCAGAGUUGCUCAAAGAUAUGGUUGGGAGAAAUAAAUCAUCUCUACAAAAGUGUAAAUUAUUGUA